AUGAAAGGCACCGUCAGUCUUGCCUUGGGCACCCAUCUUCUCCUAGCUCAAGCGGCACCACUUGCAGCCAAUUAUUUCGGCAGGCCAGCACAGAAUGUGACAUUCGACUACGUAGUAAUUGGCGGAGGUACUGGUGGUCUGGCUAUAGCCUAUCGCCUAGCCGAAGCGAAUCACUCCGUGGCCGUCGUUGAAGCAGGUGGAUUUUACGAACAAGAGAACGGAAAUGUGUCUGUUAUACCGGCAUACAACCAAGACUACAACGAGGUCGCACCAGAGUCUCAGUGGAAUGCACCUCUAGUAGAUUGGGGCUUCUUAACCACACCCCAAGCAGGAGCUCAAGGCCAAGGGUUCCACUAUGGAAGAGGAAAGAUGCUGGGAGGCUGUUCUGCUGAGAAUGCUAUGAACUAUAAUCGGCCUACCUUUGGUUCUCUUCAAGCAUGGGCGGAUAGCGUGAACGACUCCAGCUAUCUCUGGGACAACUUCAUACCACAUUAUCAGACAUCGAUCAAAUACACCAAUCCGGACAUGACUUUCCGAGCAGCAAAUGCUUCUGUACCAUUGAUAACGAACGAGACCGGUACAGGUCCCCUCCAAGUCUCUUUUCCACACUGGGCAACUCCGCUCUCAUCAUGGGCGAAGCAAGGUCUCGCAGAAAUUGGCGUCGGAGAGUUGCACGACCUGAUCAACGGCGAUCUGAUGGGAGCUCAAUACAGUCCUCUUACACUCAAUCCCAAGGACCAGACUCGAAGCUCUUCGCAGACCUCUNUUUUGGACACGGCACUUCGCAGCAACAUGUCAAACUUGAAGGUUUACACUCAUACCCUGGCGAAGCAGAUCUUGUUCGAUCAGAACAAGACUGCCACUGGUGUUCGAGUACAGAGUGGUCCAUCUCCCGAAUCUUUCAUGCUUAGCGCUAGUAAGGAGGUUGUUCUCUCUGCAGGUGCCUUCCAAUCUCCUCAAUUGUUGAUGGUAUCGGGCAUUGGUCCAGUUGAUGAGUUGGCCAAGUUCAACAUCUCAGUCGUAGCAGAUCGACAGGGCGUAGGACGGAAUAUGUGGGACCAUGUUGUGCUCAGUGUAGGACAACAAGUCGACGUUGAGACUUACGGUAGUCUCAUGAAUUCUGCUGCUGCCGAACAAGCAAGACAGGACUACCUGAGCCCCAACCACACGGGUAUUCUGACCAACGAUCAAUCCGACCUCCUGGGUUGGGAAAAACUGCCAAACUCAUCAAGAUCGGCUUUCACAGACUCAACACUCAAGGACCUCUCCACGUUCCCCUCGGACUGGCCGGAGGUAGAAUAUGAAAUCUCCUCUGCUCCUUUCGGCACAUCGUCGUUUUCUACUCCAGAGAACGUAAUUGAUGUAGGAUACAUCCAACCGGUACUACUCACACCCCUGUCGCGUGGUAACAUCACGCUACAAAGUGCAGAUAUGGCCGAUGCUCCACUGAUCAACCCGAACUGGCUCACUCAUCCCACUGAUCAACAAGUCGCCAUUGCAGCAUUCAAACGUGGAAGACAGUUUUUCAACACUACCGCCCUCGAGCCCAUCCUCAUCGGAGAAGAACUGUUACCAGGUCCACAAGACUUGCCUUUCAACUCCUCAGACGCAGACAUUCUCAGCUAUUUGCAGAAGAAUAUUGGAUUCAACUGGCAUGCCAGCUGUACCUGCAAGAUGGGUCAAAGAAACGACAGUAUGGCUGUUGUUGAUUCGCAAGCAAGAGUUAUCGGAGUGGAUAGAUUAAGGGUGGUCGAUGCGAGCGCAUUCCCUUUCUUGCCUCCAGGUCAUCCUCAAGCUACGAUAUAUGCAUUAGCAGAGAAGAUUGCUGCUGAUAUUUUGGCUGGUAGAUAG